AUGGCAUCGCUGACAGGCGCGACGGGCCCCGCAGCUGCCAUCGUGCCCUUCUCGGAGGAGAAUGCAGUUGUACUCGACAAGUGGCUCUACGACGUGUGCGGGGUGGACGACCUCCAGUUCCCGUCGCAUCGGCGUGCGCAAUUCGCGCGCUACGUGGAGCGGCUGCCGUGUGUGGCGAAGACGAAGCGUUUUGUUGCCAACACCUUCGACUACCCAUCACGCUCCGGCACGCGCGAGGUGCUCGUGCUACAGAGGAUGCUGGAGGCACUGGCCUUGCACACACAGGCGGUGACGCGAGAAACAAAGCAGGUGCAAAGCAACGUGCUUCAAGUGCGACGCGUGUUGGAGGAGCGCACAAUGGGCGCCUCCGCCAUUGCGGAGGAGGAAAAGGCACACGCUGUUAGCGAAGCAGCGGCCGCAGUGGAGAGGCGGAAAGGCAAGGGGGCCGCUGCGGCAUCGGCGCUAUCAGCUGGCCCCGCUACAGCCUCGUCUGCCGCGCAAGCUCCAUCUUACGCGUCAUCCCCUCACGGUCAGGGCUACGUGCCGCUCGAUUCCACCGCCGCAGCGGGUGACAAUGGUGCUGCGACGCCUGCGAGGAGCUCAGCGACGACCCCAAAAUCGCAGCAGGCGGGCGACGAGGUCGUCAGUGAGGAUGGCGACGCCUCAGCGACCCAGCAACCCUUUUCUGCCGCCGUGCGGGCGGCGCGUCGUGCGGACUACGAUAAGAAGAAGGUGCUCUCUCUCCGCUACACGUCAACGAUUCGAGCAAAAGCGCAGGACAUGUCAAGGCAGCGGGCGGAGAUGGAGCAGCGACACGCACGUCUGCUGGCUGACAAGGAGCAGCUGGACAAGGAGUACGAAGCGCUGCAGACGACCGAACAGUUGGUCGUGGCCCGCCAUCAGGAGGCCGAGUCCCGCAAGAACGAGGAGACACUGCUGCUGAGCGAGGAGGCAGCCAUGUACGCAGCGGAGGAGGCCGCAUUCGACAUGGCGUCGGCGGAGUGCGCUGCGAUGCUCGAUGAGGAACCGGCAGCCUCAUGCAGCACAGGUGAGCCAGCGGACACAGCAGAGGGGCCGCCUUCCACGUCGCCGAGACCGAAUGUGCCGUCGCUCUCCCCGCCGUCUCACCCCAGUUCUGCUUCAUCGCACCCGCUCCCGGCGCCCUCAUCAUCGUCACACUCUCUCAGCGGCGAAGAUCCUGUCGACGCCGCCGCUGCGGCACCUCCGGAUACGACGCCAGCGACAGUGGCAGCACCAAAUCCGGAGGAUAACGCCGGCGACGGCCCAGGUGCUCUGUCCGGUCGGAACCCUAGUGGUUACUCGAGCAGCACCGCGCAGCCGCUUCUGCAACAACAGACCCUGGAGGUGCUGCGCCACCGACUCUCUGAGAUCGGCGCCCGCACCGUAGACUACCGCCGCCACCUGCUGAAUGAAGGGCACAUGCACCUCCAACGCUUUCUCCAGUCCCAGCAGCGACUCAAGGACUGGCAGGGCAUGGCGGCGCAGCUGCGACGCACCCACCACCAGCUGCGCGGACAGGUGGACGUCAUCCACACUGUUCUGUCCGACACGGCAAGCCGACUGGAGAAGAGCGGUGCAACGGCACAGCAAGCCGGGUACGGCAAGCAGCUGGCGCGGCUCAACGCACUGCUAAAGGAGCGGUCGUACGAGACCCUGCAGUACUACGUGGGCAGUCGCGAGGAUGCAGAGAUGAACAUGGUGCUCGACGCGAGCGCCGACGAGGAGCUGUGCAAGCUGCAGCGGCCCUCGCCUUCCAAAGCGUUGGUAUGCGGCGACUUGACCCCUCCUCGGGCCGGCUCGACAUCUGCAUCCAAUUCGACGACGCCGACGCCUCAGAGCGCCGCUGCCAGCUCUUCCCAUUCCAGUGACAAAGCCCUGCCGCCAUCCGGGUCCUGUCGCACACCUGUGCGCGAGACAGCGAGCAACGGCACCGCGGCUGCCGCCACACCCAGCAGUGGCACCGGCAUCCAAAGUAGCGUCGACUCACCGCACCGCCAUCGCAGCCGCUAUGAGCUCGUUCGCCAUCUGCAGCGGUGGGAAGCUGCGUUGCUGGCGGAGCGGCUGGCCAUCUUGAAGGCCGCGCAUAUGAUGCCCGGACCCAACAGCGGGACAGGGGCUAACACAAGGCAGUCGGACGGCUUCAGCGCCAGGCACGCCUAUAGAGAGCUGCGUGCGUUGUUGCUGCAGCAGAAGAACCCCGCUGGCUCGUCUUCGUAG